AAACACAGUUUUCCCUUUUGCAGCCCUAUAGGAGCAGUGUUUGCUCGAGACUAACGCAGACAUCUUUCUGUUUCAAACCAAAGAAAUGUGAUGUAGUAGAUGAAUGCUACAUGACAGACAGCAGCUCAUCCUGUCUGUCUGAUAAAGGAGGCACGGUGAAACAUGAGCAGACAGGAAGAGAGACUGUGUGUUUGGUGUUGAUUGCAAAGGUCUGUCAGCGCUCGAUCUCCUGAAUUCCAAUGCUUCCCUCUCUCUCUCUCUCUCUCUCUCUCUCUCAGCUUCCAGCAGCUGCGCCUCUCAUGCCUUCUUUCCUGACGCUGAGCGAAGCCUCCCAUACAGAUGAGCGCUUGAAGCCACGCACCUCUUGACGUAGCCACAGACCGGUUUGCGGUGCCACUCGGUUUUCCGUCGCACGUAUUGCGCAACGUGACUGCUCCACUGGCUGCACGGUGGGCACAUCCGGCUCCCACCGUUGCGUGAAUUCGUUUACAAGGUGUUUUCAUAACGCCGAGAAACCAGCGGGCAUCACCAAGGAACUGUGAAGAAACCAUCCGCUAUAGGACACUUCCCUCCGUCAUCGCCGCCGGGAGAGAUGAGUCGAGCGCGCGGCGUCGAGGUGCAGUCGUGAUGUGACUGUGUGAGCGCACGAGCCUCGACCACAGCAGACUCCAGGCUCCCGGAAGGUGAACACGGUGUGAAUUUGUGGGUGUUUUUGUGAAGCGGAGGUGAUGGCAUCGUUUGGUAGCAGGAAGUCAACGCAGCAUCAGCGGCGCGAGCCCUGACCACAGCUGGAUUUCGGGAGCUAUGCACGCGGGCACCGAGCCUCCAUCUGCCUAUAGUCGACAGUAUCAGGGCGCUCCUUUGGUUGGGAGCCUCGGGGGUCCUCGCUAAAGUCAAGGCACAGUCAGUAUCACAGAAGGGCGCCCACCUAAAGUCAAGGAGGAGUUUCUAUUAGCUGUAAGGCCGGGCUCUCUGCAGCCCACUCCCCGCAUCCUCAAGCGUCGUCUCUCUGACGCGAGUGCUCCGCGCUCUGACUCCAUGGCAGUGGACAUCAAAACCAUCAAUACCUGAGUGCGUUUGCCUCCUGCAGCCAUAAAUACCUUUACAUUGAAGAGUUAAUUUAGUCGAAGUGUUGAUUUGGAUCAGUUGCUGUGUCUAUGCACCUCAGUUACACCGCCCCGGAAAGGACUUCUUGCCAUUGAGAGCUGGAUAUGCAGAGAUUAACGUGAGAGGAUGGAUCUAAUUAUCUGUGUUUGGGGGCUGCUGUCGCUCAUCGUGGAGGGCAUCCGUUGCCAGGGAGUGUACGCCCCUCCAACCGUCCGCAUUAUACACUCAGGGCACGCCUGUAAUGUAGAAGAGGAGAGGCACACGGAGAGAGUCUACACCAUCAGAGAGGGGGAGACGCUGGAGCUCACCUGUCUAGUGACAGGACAUCCUCGACCACAGAUCCGAUGGACAAAGACAGCAGGCAGUGUGUCGGACCGCUUCCAGGACUCCAGUGUGUUUAACGAGACGUUGAACAUUGCAAAGAUCCUGAGGACACAGGGAGGACGCUACUACUGCAAGGCUGAGAACGGCUUAGGAUCUCCGGCCAUCAAGUCCAUCAGGGUGGACGUCUACUACCUUGAUGACCCCAUUGUGACGGUACACCAGAGCAUAGGAGAAGCUAAAGAACAGUUCUACUAUGAGAGGACUGUGUUUCUGCGCUGCGUGGCCAAUUCCAACCCGCCCGUCCGCUACAGCUGGCAUCGAGGGAGGGAGGUCCUAACGCAGGGCUCGGACAAGGGAGUGGAGAUCUACGAGCCGUUUUUCACACAGGGGGAAACGAAGAUUUUGAAGCUGAAGAACCUGCGUCCUCAAGACUAUGCCAACUACAGCUGCAUCGCCUCGGUCAGGAACGUGUGUGGGAUCCCUGACCGCAGUGUCAUCUUCAAACUCACCAAUAAGACAGCCUCGCCGUCCAUCAAGCUGCUGGUGGAGGAUCCCAUCGUGGUGAAUCCCGGUCAGACCGUGUCCUUGGUGUGCAUCACCACAGGCGGAGAGCCGCCGCCCACACUCACCUGGGUCAGCAGCAACGACAGCCUUCCGCAAAGGAGCGUGGUGAAGGGGGGCACACUCACUCUGCCAGCCAUCAGCUCGGAUGAGUCGGGGGUCUACAGCUGCGUGGCCAGCAACAACGUGGGCAACCCGGCCAAGAAGUCCACCACCAUUGUGGUGCGAGCUUUGAAAAAGGGGCGAUUCUGGAUAACGCCUGACCCGUACCACAAUGAUGACAACAUCCAGAUUGGGCGUGAGGUCAAGAUAUCCUGUCAGGUCGAGGCGACACCACCAGAGGAGCUGACGUUCAGCUGGCUGAAGAACGGCCGUGCCCUGCGGAGCUCCGAGCGAAUGGUCAUCACCCAGACGGACCCUGACAUCUCCCCCGGCACCACCAACCUGGACAUCAUAGAUCUCAAGUUCACCGACUUCGGGACGUACACCUGCGUGGCGGCGCUGAAGGGCGGAGGGAUCCCGGAGAUCAGCAUUGACGUCAACAUCUCGUCCACAACUGUCCCUCCUCUGUUUUUCUCUUUCUUAGUUCCCCCAAACCUGACAGUCCCCCGGGGCAAGUCCCCCCUGGUGGCCCGAGAGGGUGACACAGUGGAGCUGGAGUGCCUUGUUUCAGGAAAGCCCAAGCCCAUCAUCCUGUGGUCAAGGGCCGAUAAAGAGGCGCCUAUGCCGGACGGAAGCAUGCAGAUGGAGAGCUAUGACGGUGUGCUGCGUAUUGUUAAUGUGUCAAGGGAGAUGACGGGAUCGUACCGCUGCCAGACAAGCCAGUAUAACGGGUUCAACGUAAAGCCGCGUGAGGCCGUAGUGGAGCUGAUCGUACAAUAUCCCCCGACUGUGGAGCCGGUUUUCAUGGAGAUGCGCCAGGGCUUAGGUAGGCCUGUGGUGAUGACCUGCAGGGUGCUGCGAGCCCACCCUUCCCGUGUGCUGAGGUUUGAGUGGCUUCUAUCCAACCGACUGCUCCAUGCCGGGGCAUUCGAUGCCCAAAGAGAUGAGACGGAGUACACCAUCCGCAACCUGAAUAGAGACGGGUGGGGUGAAUACACCUGUAAUGUCAUCAACGAGGCAGGAGCAGGAAAAUGCACCUUCCAGGUUACAGGCAAGGCCUACCCUCCAGAGUUCUACUACGACACUUACAGCCCUCUGUGGCAGAACAGACCCAGAGUCUAUGGCUUCAAGCUGCAGUGGACCCAGAUGAACCCCAACGCUGUGGACCGCAUUGUGGCCUACAGACUGGGCAUCCGACAGAUGGGGUUACAGCGCUGGUGGGAGCAGGAGAUCCCUGUGGACGGAGCGAUCAACAAAGGAGAGCUCAUGACACACAACCUGACUGAGCUCAUAAAGCCCGAAUCCUACGAGGUGCGCCUCACCCCCAUCACACGUUUUGGAGAGGGCGACUCCACCAUACGGAUUGUCACGUACAGCGCUCCCAUCAACCCUCACCUGAGAGAGUUUCACUGCAGCUUUGAGGAGGAGCCCAUCUGCAUGUUCACCCAGGACAAGAACGACGAUUUUGAUUGGACGAGGCACAGUGCUGCCACUCGCGACACAAAGUACACACCCAACACUGGGCCCAGCGGUGACCGCAGUGGAUCUAAACAGGGUUUCUACAUGUACAUUGAGACGUCACGACCGCGGAAGGACGGGGACCAAGCGCGGCUUGUGAGUCCGUUUUUCAACGUAGCACCUAAGAACCCUUAUGGGAUCACCAACCCACCCGCCUACUGCUUCGGCUUUUUCUAUCACAUGUAUGGAAAACACAUAGGAACACUAAACGCCUUGCUGAAGCAGAAGGGCCAGACGGCCUCUGAGGGUCCCGUGUGGUCGCUAAGUGGUAACCAAGGUGACCGCUGGAAGCAGGCCAAAGUAAGCAUCCACCCAACUGCAUCGUUCCAGGUGGUAAUUGAAGGUAUCAGGGGACCAGGCAUCGAGGGAGACAUCGCCAUCGAUGAUGUUACGCUGGAGGAAGGGGAGUGUCGAGACCCACCGCCCAAUCUCAGCUCCAGGGCUCUAUCCACAUCCUCCCAUAUAUGGCUGCUAUGCGUCACCUUGGUGAUGACCCUCCUGGAAGGUCAGAGGUGACCCUUCACUCCAUCAUCUCAGAGGCAAAUAUUCAGACCCACUGUCUGUGAACUUAACCCUCGGCAUCCAAUCACCAAAGAUUCAUGCAUCAUGAAAGCAGCAGGGGACCCGUGACGCCACCCUGAGGGACCGAUUUUGAUGAAAGAGAGAAAAACAGAGAUAAAAAGACGGACAAAAAUUAAAAAAGAAGCUGCGCUAAUUUUUUAAAGAGACUUCUUUUACAGAAAACACUCCUUAGUGCAGGACUUUGGACGUCUUUUUGAGCACAAAGACAGGUGGGGGAUGAAUAAGCCUGGACUUUGGGGAAAGAGUUUGGGGGAGGACAGUUUGUAAAGCACAAGAACAAUUUUAUGAAGUUAUGAAAAUAUCUUUGGAAGGCGGCAGAUUAUAUAGACACUGCUGACUUUUAGCAGAGGAAAUAACAUUUCCCCGCUUGCAAAUACAUGGAAUCAGACCUUUCUCUGUGCAUCUUUUAUCUUCAUCUACUCGCACCAGAUGCCAAUCACCCACUCUUGUUUUUCAAUCUGGCCCAGUCUCGCGUCACACCUUGACAUUUCUUCAUCUGCUCGGUGCUGAACUGUGGAGAAACAAUGACUCUGGCAACAUUUAGUUCUGUCUGCUUACUCCCUUGUAGCUGCCUAUGUAUCUUUUAACACUGUGCUCACGAGUCCAAGUGGCCAAACGACGCUAUGGUGGCAGAACAAAAAAAAUGCAGAAGAAUCAGCGGAGGUGUAGGAGGCUGGACACGAGGGCAGAGAGAAUUUCAAGGAGUCGAAAUGAGAGAGAAGAGGAGAGGAGGAAGAGUGGAGGAUGAGGUGAAAAGACAGAAGAAGGUAGAGAACUGUCCGCCUGUGGAAAAGAAGCCACUUUACUUUCUGCCAUGAAACAAAGUGCCUUCAGAUUACAAACCGAAUCGUGAGCCUGGGUGUUAAUCAACAUCGGACACGUCUCUGUCCGUGUUUCCUCUGAUGGGCUAUUUUCUACACGUUUCUUUUGCCCCACAAGUGCUGAUGGGAGGGCAUGCGUGUUAAGAAGGGUUGUGCUACACAAGGAUCUAACGCCUGAUGGGACCGUUGUGUGUGUGUGUGUGUGUGUGUGUGUGUGUGUGUGUGUGUGUGUGUGUGUGUGUGUGUGUGUGUGUGUCUGUGUCUGUGUGAUUGUUUGUGAGUGUGUGUGUGUGUGUGUGUGUGUGUGUGUGUGUGUGUGUGUGUGUGUGUGUGUGAGAGAGUGUGUUUGUGUGUGUGCAUGCGCCUAAGCCUAUGCCUACGCGUAGUUCAAUGUGAAGGUAGCGGACCGGGCAGAUUUGGAAACCAUUCUGAUAAACACAGUGAAAGUGAGGCUGUGGAUCUUUUCUGUUUUUGUUUUUUUUGCAGAAGAACAGUUGUGACAGUUGAUGUUACCAGAGGAUGAAGACACUUUGUCGAAUGACUCUCUCUUCCCAUAAUUCUCCUCCCCUGAGGUCAAGCAUUUUUUUAACAAAAGAAAAGAACUGAAUUAAACACUGCGUUGUACAGGGAGGAGAGGGUGAACUUUGGGACUGCAGGCUCUUCAUUCGGUCGAUACGCCUCGCCCCCCCUAAUCCUCCACCAUUUAUAUGGAACAAUAGGAGAAUAAAAGAUUAUAAUGACCAUAAUAAUAGUCAUGAUAUUUUAUUACUCUAGCGAGAAUGUUUCUCUGCUUUUACACAAACUGUGAAGAUUGACUGUGGAAGAUCUACCUGAGACCAUAACCUUAACCAGCGGGGUUUUUAAAAAAUGUAUUGUAAAAAAGAGAAAAUAAGAAAAUUGAAAAAUUCCGUUCAUUGUUGGUUAUGACAAAUGUUUUAAGGACUUGUGUCUUGUUUUUGUUUUUUUCUGUUGAAGAUGACUUAACUUACUUUUCUCUUCUUGUUGUCUCCCUUUGCAUUGCUUAAGUAUCAAAGCUGAUGGAAGCAUAAGAAGUAAACCAAUUUGGUAACUGUAUAACUUGUAAAUGUUAAAGAAGCUCUAUUCAAAGGUUUAUGAUAAAUGUUUUAUGUUGGAGUACAGGAAGCACAACAUACAGUUCAAAGUCUCAACAUAUAAAGUCCAUUUUAUAUUUCUCUGCACACACAUGACCUGCUCCCACAGGCUUUUCAACACUGAAACAAUCCAUGUUUAACCGCAAAUCUUUCUUUCUUUUUUACCUGUCAUACAUAUUUAUAGUGUAACCUGAGCACUAAAGAACCCAAAGGGGAACCCAGCCAGUAGGUAUGAGUGAGACCUUCAUGAAUGCAGACUGGGUAGAGGUUCAGUUUGGUGUUUCGGUUUUUCAGCAUAUGUAGCCUCUUCAUUGGAAGCCUGGGAGGGUCUGAGUGGGUCAUGUUCAUGUGUGGGCGUAAAGCUGUGUACAAUAUGUGUGAUAAGAAACUGAUACAUGUAAAGACGAUAAAUAUGCUACGCAAAACAGAGCAGAAUGAUGAGCAUUUCAGGGCAUCCUUGCGAUAUCAUUAUGGUCUGUAUUAUCUGCUGUCCAUUUGUUUACUUUCUUUCAUUUCUGUGUCUUGACUUCCAUAAGGCCCAGAUCACAAUGAAUGUAAAUGGAGUUCUGGGGUGAGUUAUUUACUUACGGUCUUAAUAGAUGUAAUGUUUUACUAAAACAUAUGUUUUUUUUUCUUUGCGUGUGUGUGUGUGUGUGUGUGUGUGUGCUUUGAUGAUAAUGAGAACUUUCAGACUUUCACAGGUUGUUUUGAACACAUCAAGAACAUCAAGUCUGACUGACUUUGACACAAUAAAAAAAAAACAUUAGCUCAUAUAUUACAUUAGCUAGUCACUAUAUCCUCCUGUGAUAUAGUAGAUGAUGAAAAGUGCCAAAGUGCCCUGUGCAGUCUACUCUGUUCCUGAUAAAGAUCUGGGUUCCUUGAAUCAUUGAGCACCUGGUGAAUUUAUGACAUCAAUCCUCCUGUUACAGCAUUACUGUUGGAAAAACAUGACCCAUUUGAAAGAUUACAGCUGAGAUCACUAAAAGAACCCCUUUGGUACCACUAUGGUUGCGAUUAAAAGUAAUAGUUUGCUUUUCAUGGGAAUCGAGCUUGUAUGGGCUUUUCGAGGAGGCAGCUUAAUUUAGUUUAGCUUAGCUUAGCAUAAAGACUGAAAACAGCAGAAAACUGUUAGAUUAAUUUCAUAUCUGCUAUCAGCACCAGUGAAGGCCUCUAGUUUUACAUAAGAUUGUUUUUUUAUUUCUACAAAACCUGAGGUAUGAAAACAACAACUUGUAGUUUAAUGGUGUGUUAUCACUGUGAGCUUGCCAGGCAACUAGCAAAGACUUCAGUAGGUCACUCUUGGCCAAGACAUAGACUAGCUCUGAACCGCCCACGAGACUCUUUUCAUUUUGUACACAUAAAACAAAGAUUGAACAUUUUCAUAAUGUAACUUGAGCGGUAUUGACAGAGGGAUUUUGUUAGUGGUUGACAUAGCAGUGCUAGCUGUUCCUCCUCUUUUCAUUCUCCAUGCUAAGCGAAGCUAACUGGCUGUAGGCGUAUAUUUACUGUACAGGAAUGAGACUGGAAUCGAUCUCUUCAUCUCAAAUAAGCAUAUUUCCCAAAAUUGUCUAAGUUGCCAUACUGUGAAAUUUGGAAUCCUGUCAGUGUAAAGGUCUUUGCUCACUGAGUCUGGUUUUUUUUUUUCAGAAGCAUUUUUUUGGAUCUCUAAUCCAAUAAGAAAGGUUAGGCACACAAACCUUGCACACUGACUCUGCGGAAAGUCACAGUAAAGGACUAAAUGAAGUCAUCAAGCAGUGAAGAUUAAUUUGUGGUUCUUUCACUCCUUGAAAAAAGGAAAAUAAAACACUUAGUCCAUCCAAUCAUUAAAACAAGAUGAGCAAGGAGGGUUCCACCUGUUGAUGAAGGAGUUGUAAAAUUAUCCUGAUCUCUUCAAGGUGUAUUUCAGGAGUCAGUGCUCUAGAUUGAUAUGCUGCUAGCUAAUACUGAAACUACACAUAAAAAAGAACACCACCAAUUUCCACUAUGCAAUUGAUCAUGAACAGUGGCUAACAGUAUGUUUGAGGUGGGGUCAGACAUACACACAAAAACUCCCAAAAAAAAACACAGAAAAUUUUAACACAUGCCAAAAAACAUGAUGUUUUGGAUUCAGUCUGCAGACAUGAUUGACACAAAUAUCAAAUUGUAUGUCUUUUACGCGUGCAGUAACUUUGUAUCAAUGAAAACAGACUCAGUAUGCAAAGGCCUUAAGCCUUUGGGGAAAAGAAACACGUCAGACCUGUUCUUGUUGUGGUGUGUUAGAAAAUUCUGGGUACAUUCAUACAUAUCUGCAAAAUUGUCAUCCCUGUGAAAAUCUUCUCUGAACUGUGGCUGAAAUUGGACAGCAAGAAGAAUCAGUCUGUUUCCAUCCCAUUACAGCUCUAACCAUACUCUUGAUUUCCAUUUCUGUGCUGUCCAUACACACAGGGUGUCAGCCUCUGCUCUUUGUGUGUAUGGGGACGUGAGCCUGGUGUAUGAGUAGCUUACACCCUCGGCUCUGCUCUAUUUAUUGAUAAAAGUCCUCUAAGCUACUUCAAAGUACAAUUGGAGGGGAUUAACAGGUUUGGGAUAUGUAAACAGUGCUGUGUGACAGUUUUCUCUCUCCCAGUCUUCACUGACUUUGUUUUGAUGAUUACAGGCUUCUGUAGUUAUGGAAAGUAUUACAUUUUUAUGAAAUAAAAAAGAGGAAAUGUGUUUGA